AUGAAAAAGAAAAUAGAAGAAAAGACUAUCCUCACCCGGAAGAAGAAGGAGAGGCGGAGAAGAACAGAACGCCGCUUUCUUCAUCCUCCACGAGCUGAGGUUACUAUUUGUUUUCGAUAUUCAUCAGUUAGAUUUCGGCACUUUCGGGAAGCCGCUCAACAACGGGCCACGCUCGGGAUGGGAUUAGUUGCAGGCUAUGAUUUGUCUGAGGCUCCUACUGAUGAUGCAGCAAGCCAGAAUAAACUCUCAAAAGGUGGCAGUAACUAUGGCAUUGUUACGGAUGCUGAGACAAGCUACACUGUUCGGCUGAUGUUGAUAACAUUAAUCCCGUUUUUCGUACUUUUACUAACAAAAGUUUUCAGCUCGUCUAAUGGGAGACGCCUGAUUAUUCUUAUUGCCCAUGGGUUCACAACAGAAGAUUCGAGUAUUUGA